GUGUUGUGAGUGUGUGUACUCGGCUUCCUGCUGCUGCUCGGUGUCCGCACACCGUCAGUCUCUUCAGUGUUGAUCGGCUCGCCAUGGCGGAAGGACGCAGAGAACAGCCGCCCCAUCCUCAACUCUCCUUACCACCGGCCAGCAAGCGACCCUGCCUGCGCCCUGCUCCCCGAGGUCCCGGUCCGGGGCCCGGGCAUGGCAGCGGGUGGCCCAGCUCCCGGUAUCGUUCCCCGGAGUCUCUUCUGGACUGCGCCGCGAAGGCAGUAGCGGAAAAGUGGGCCUUCGAGAGAGUAGAGGAGCGCUUCGAGCGGAUCCCGGAGCCCGUCCAGCGCCGCAUCGUCUACUGGUCUUUUCCCCGCAACGAAAAGGAGAUAUGCAUGUACUCUUCGUUUCAGUGCCGAGUAGCCGGCGAGGAGGGUCCGUCGGCGGCUACCGGCGGGGCUGGGGGUGCUGGGUCCGGAGCUACAACCGCCGGCGGUGGCGGAGGAUCUACCGGUACGACGGCUACUGUGGGGGCAGCCGGAGCUGUGGGAACGGGAGACGGACUGCCUUUCCGCCGGGGUAUCAGGCUACUUGAGACCGGCUGUGUGGAAAACGUUUUACAAGUUGGGUUUCACCUCAGUGGCACAGUAACUGAACCCGCCACAUCAUCAGAUCCAGAGGUCACCCACAAGGUGGCCAUCAGCUUCGACCGAUGCAAGAUCACCUCCGUCACCUGUGGUUGCGGGAACAGAGACAUUUUCUACUGCGCCCAUGUGGUGGCGCUCUCUCUAUACAGGAUCCGCAAGCCUGAACAGGUGAAGCUGCGGUUGCCCAUUUCAGAGACGUUGUUCCAGAUGAACAGAGACCAGCUGCAGAAGCUGGUGCAGUACCUGAUCACGGCCCACCACACUGAGGUGCUGCCCACCGCUCAGAAACUGGCAGACGAGAUCCUCUCCUCCAACUCGGAGAUCAACCAGGUCCACGGCGCUCCCGACCCGACUGCAGGUGCCAGCAUUGACGAUGACAACUGCUGGCAUCUGGACGAGGAUCAGGUCAGGGAACAAGUCAAACAGUUCCUGUCACAGGGAGGAUACUACGGCUCUGGGAAGCAACUCAACUCCAUGUUCGCCAAGGUGCGGGAGAUGCUACGAAUGCGAGACUCCAACGGCGCCCGAAUGCUGACGCUCAUAACGGAACAGUUUAUGGCUGACCCGCGAUUGUCGCUAUGGAGACAACAAGGCACGGGCAUGACGGACAAGUGUCGGCAGCUCUGGGAUGAACUAGGUGCAUUGUGGGUGUGCGUGGUGCUUAACCCCCACUGUAAGAGCGAGGAGAAGACCGGCUGGCUGAAGCAGCUGAAGAAAUGGGGCGACAUGGACAUCUGCCCGCUGGAGGACGGCAACUACGGCAGCGAGCUCCCAAACAUCACCAACGCUCUGCCGCAGAGCAACCUGGCACAGGACUCUCUGACCAGGCCGAGGAGGUCGGUGUUCAGCCGGGCCGUGGAGGCAUGUGACCUCCACUGGCAGGACAGCCACCUCCAGAGGAUCAUCAGCAGCGACCACUACAUGUCUCCAUCCUACCAGAGGGAGGGGGAGAGCCUGCUGUUCAACCCACAGGGCCUGCCGCUCUGGCUCGACCACGUCCCGACGGCAUGCGCUCGCGUCGACGCCCUGCGUUCCCACGGCUACUCCAGGGAAGCAUUGCGAUUGGCUGUCGCCAUCAUCAACACACUUCGCCUACAACAGCACAGACAGAUGGACAUCUACAAACACCAAAAGAAAGAGCUUCUCCAGAGGGGCGUGACCUCCACCACCAACCUGGAAGGCUGGGUGGGUCAUCCCUUGGACCCGAUUGGCUGUCUGUUCAUCACCCUCACAGAAACCUGCCGUGUGGACGACGACAGUGCCAUGGACACAGGAGAUGGUGACCCCAGGCCUCCGGUCUACCACCAUGUUCCCGUGUGGGGCAGUUCUGAUGGAGGGGAAUCCUACCUGACUUUGGCCUUAGAGGUGGCUCUGAUGGGUAUGGGCCAGCAGAGGAUAAUGCCCGAGGGCCUAUACGCUCAGGAUAAGGUGUGUCGUAACGAGGAGCAGAUCGUCGCAAAACUUCAAGAACUUGAGCUGGAUGACCUCCUGGUUCAGACUCUUCGGAAACAGUCCGUACAGCUACUAGAAGCUGGUCCCUUCAGCGGUCUAGGUGAGGUCAUCCACAGGGAGAGUGUUCCUAUGCACACCUUCGCUAAGUACCUCUUCUCUGCCCUGCUGCCACAUGACGCAGACAUGGCAUACAAGGUGGCUCUCCGCGCCAUGAGGUUGCCUGUGCUGGAGUCCUCAGCAGGCUCCGGGGACGUGGGCCACCCUCAUCACGGCAUCUCCAUCGUUCCCAGUAGAUACCCACGCUGGUUCACACUGGGACACCUGGAGUCCCAGCAGUGCGAGCUGGCCUCCACCAUGCUCACUGCUGCUAAAGGUGACAUGCUGAGGUUGCGCACGGUGCUGGAGGCAAUCCAGAAGAACAUCCACUCCUCGUCCUUAAUCUUCAAACUGGCCCAGGACGCCUUUAAAAUCGCCACCCCCGCAGACAACCCGCCCGAUAUAACUCUGCUCAACGUGGCACUGGAGUUAGGACUUCAGGUGAUGAGGAUGACUCUGUCCACACUGAACUGGAGAAGGAGAGAGAUGGUUCGCUGGCUAGUAACGUGUGCCACUGAAGUCGGUCUGCGGGCAUUGGUUAGCAUCUUACAGAGCUGGUACACGCUCUUCACACCGACCGAGGCCACCAGCAUCGUGGCGGCCACCGUCAUGUCCCACAACACCAUCCUGCGCCUCAGCCUCGACUACCCCCAGCGUGAGGAGCUGGCCAGCUGCGCUAGGACCCUUGCCCUGCAGUGCGCCAUGAAGGACCCCCAGAACUGCGCUCUGUCGGCCCUGACACUCUGCGAGAAGGACCACAUCGCCUUCGAGACGGCCUACCAGAUCGUGAUUGACGCAGCGUCCACGGGUAUGACCUACUCCCAGCUUUUCACCAUCGCGAGGUACAUGGAACACAGGGGAUAUCCUCUGCGCUCCUUCAAGUUGGCCUCCCUCGCCAUGACCCACCUCAACCUGGCUUACAACCAGGACACGCACCCAGCUAUUAAUGACGUGCUCUGGGCCUGCGCGCUCAGCCACUCCCUGGGUAAAAACGAACUCGCAGCCAUCAUCCCCCUGGUGGUAAAGAGCGUGCACUGUGCCACCGUGCUGUCCGACAUCCUGCGGCGGUGCACCAUGACUGCACCGGGACUCGCUGGCAUUCCCGGGAGAAGGAACUCUGGGAAGCUAAUGUCAACGGACAAAGCGCCAUUGCGGCAGCUCCUAGACGCCACAAUCUCGGCGUACAUCAACACCACACACUCUCGACUGACACACAUCAGUCCGCGGCACUAUGGAGAGUUCAUAGAAUUCCUGAGCAAAGCACGGGUGACUUUCCUGCUGGCACAGGACGGCCAUAUUCAGUUAGCCCAGUUCAUAGACAACCUGAAACAGAUCUACAAGGGCAAGAAGAAACUGAUGAUGUUGGUCAGGGAGCGCUUCGGCUGACCUUAUCCCCCCUCACCCCCUCCUUGAGAAGUAGUUAUUUGUUUGUAUUUAAGGUUUUUUGAAUUCCAUGUGUUUUUACUUCUUAAGUUGAGCCAUUUGUUGACUAAGUCUUAAGUUUUUGUCCUGUUUUGUUGUUUUGUUUCUUGAAUGUGAACCAGAAAGUGUUUGCAGUGUAUUGAUCUACUUCAUUGAGACUGCAAAAAGGGGGGAAAUGGCUUGAAAUGUCAGGGAGGCAACAAACAAGAAUGAAGCGUUUCCCCCCACUGCAUCUUUUCAAUUUAGUAUGAAAAAGUCAAAAGAUUGUGAAAAGAAACUUUUGUUUUUCCGUGGCACAUGACUAUUUAAAAACCAAAAGAUUUUGUUGGAUGGGGUACUUACUUUGAGCCAGAAGAUGCUUUAAGCUGGGUUCAAGAAGAAAUAGAAGAGGAAGUGGUUUUCAAAGUGGAAGGAACUUUUGAAAGUAAUUUCAAAAUACAUACUGAGGUCGAGAAAGCACACUUAGUGUUACUGUUAUUCCUCGGCUGUAUUAUUUGCCAGCUUUAACUUCUCUACCUGAAAUGGCCCAUUUCCUUCAGGGCAUCUUAGAGUAGAAAGGGUAAAAUACAGAGCUACAUGUGUGCUCUCUCUACAAGCCACUAGCACCUACCCUCUACACCUGCUGGGCAGUGCUUUUCCUUAAUCUUCACAGCAGGAGCCAUGUUGCUUACCAGAGUGCAUGUUUCCAGUCCAGAGCCUGAAAGUGACAUUAUUCAGGCUGUUCUAGCUAAGGCAGAUAAGUUGAGGCUCCUUGUGCACAUAUACUGUAAAUACAGAUAUAUGUUGUAUGUCAUCCUUUAAGCUUAUAGACAGUGACAAUACACAACUGUGACAAACCUGGGGUCAAAUUAUUCCAAUCUUUAGAGGCAGCACUUCACUGCUAGCACUACAGCUAUUUGUGGCCAAAACCUUUAAACCUAGAAGGCCCAACAGGUCACCUUUCACUUGCUACACCGAUGAGCAAUAUAAGUCAAGUCUGCCCAUCAUUCUUCUCAGCUUGUGGCAUUUAUUCAACCUAUGUAUUCUGUUAGAAAGCUUUGGAACAUGCUUGGACCUUGUUGAUUUUAGUGACUUAUCUGAAGCUAAGAUUCCCAUUCCAUCUCAAAAACAUUUCCCGGGAAUUCAGGAACUUCUUUAAAGUUGUUUCCUGGAUCUUUUUCAUGAACCUAGAACAUGACUAAUAGCCUACAUCUGGUUCCAAUUUUUGAUCUUUGCAGCAUAUUUCCAACCCCUAGAGCCCCGCCGUUCCAUAUAGUACUUAUUACCAAUGUUCUUGGCCUGACCUGUGCGGUAUUUACCGUUGCUGGUUAGUCAAACAAGCACUAUUAAAAUAUAAAAGCCAUCGUAAUCUUAAAAUAAAAGGGAAGUUGGGGAGUGCAGACAUCCGACUAGUGAAUGGUAAUGCUUGUAUCAACCCAUGAUUAGGAACCACUCCAGAAGCUAAUGGGAUCUUACCUUCCACCGAGUUUCUAGAAAUGUCCUUCCAGUAGUUUUUCCGUAACUCCGGAGUAAAUGGAACGGAAAUCCCAAAAAAUCCUUGAAAAAAGGUACUUAUCUAAAAUGAGGUUGGCGCAAUUCAGUGCUGAACCCUUUAACCAUUGUAGACAGAUAACAACAAUUCUAUCUAGAGAAACAUAUUUUUUUAAUAAAUUUAAACUAGUAUUAGGCUUAUACCACUUAUAAAUCUGCACUAAUUAAUAUUGUCAUGUGAGAAAUAGAUCAACUGUGUAAUGGUUUCUUGCUAUUUUGCCUUAGCUUUUUAGAGUCCUGUAGCAAAUUGUUUGGUCUCACUUGGACAUUGUCCUUGUGUCCAACAGCAGCGGGUUGUUAGCAAAAAAGCUAACUUGGAUAUCCAAACACAUGCUAGCUGGUGGAGCAUUUAGCUCCUUGAAUAGCAGUGGAGACCAAAACUGAGCUUCAAAGAGUGACUAUUAGGUUAGGUCACCUGAACAUGAAUCCAAACGAACACAAAUGUUGCUCAAUCUCGUCUAAAUGUAAACAGUACAUUACAGUACAUUAGCAACGGUUUGCUAAUGUAUUAGCAAAGAUAACUUGGUUAGGUGAUAAUGUUAUGCUAGCUUCCCCCCACUUGGCUAAAACAUCUGUUAAUUUUGGUUUAAAAAUUGUUUGGGCUAUGUUAAACAAAAAAACGACAUCUAAAACAUAAAAAAACUAAGUUAUUCCACUUGUGAAUGCUACUGUAUUUAGUCAUUGUGGAUUGUAAGGUUUGUUAUAAAUACACAGUGCAAAUACAACAGAUAGGCUAAUGUCUGUUUAAGACUAAAUUGUGCAUAUGAGACCACAUGCCUUUGCAAGCUUUUUUUUCCUGAGCGAGGUAUGUCCACGCUCCUGUUUCUUACUCAGUGGCAAAGUGUUGUUAAUGGCAGUAUACAGAACAGCAAGAGUUUGAAUCUUUAAUGGUCAGAGAAAACGUCAUCGUAUAAGCACUUCACACAAAUACCUCUUCAGUACGUUCCUGCCUGCUUAAGCAUUUAUUUAUUGACUGUUUGGUAACUUUGUAUGACUGCAUAUGAAUCACUAACACACAAACAGUAGGUUUUUCAGCCUGUUGAUGGCAGGAGGAUAGGGGAACAUUUUCUUGUCUGCUUUUUACAUUCCACGAGAGCUACCUUCACCCACUACCCGUGUAGUCAGUCACAACUCUGGGCCUUUCGACCUGACGAAAUGCAGAUAGAAGAAUGACAAAAAAAAAAGGAAAACUGAGCAAAAGAAAGCAUACGAGAGGCUAAACUCAGUUCUCAGGGACAUCACUUAAAGAAACAAAACAAAAAAGUAGUAGCAUUAAGCAUUUAAGAUAUUGUAAAUAUUAAAGUGUCAAUUCAGAAAAUUGUAAAGUUAUAAUUAUUUAUGAUAAGUAUGUUACGUGUUUGUUUUUACUUUUGUCUUUUGUUUUGGCGGGGGUUUACUUGAAUUUGUUUGGAUCGGGAAUUUGACAGCAUUUUUUUGUAAGAGCAAAGACUUUAAGGCAUUUUCUCAGGUGCUCCUGUGUACAUUUCUUUCAGUUUUGCUAUAAUAACUACUUUUAUUUGUCAUUUUUUUGAUUUGCAAAGACAAAAAAAAGUCUGUUUUCCAAAAGGACGCGUGUUAUUCGCAGUUGAGGAUAAUGAGGAAGGCAUUCAUUUGUAAAGAAACCUGACUAUGCAGAACCACUUUGAAGGUCUUGUCACCUCUUAAAGAUACCCACCCACCCCCCCCCCUAAAAACUUAAAUGUCUGAAAGAAGAGACUCAGUGGACUGAACCACUAUUAAAGAGAGGGGGGACAGACCAUGACAAGACGCAGAAUGCUUGUAUUUGGACAAUGCGCAGUAGCCGGCCUGCAGACGCUGCAACAUAAACAGAGGAGGAAAAAAAGACAAAGGCGGAAUAAUGCCUUUUGUGACUGAUCAAUGUACAAAGUUUAUUUUUGCUUUACUUCUUUGUUGGUUUUAUUUAAUCAGGACUCAAGCCUUUAGUGUCUUCUCGGAGGUGUCGUGUGGCGGCGCCGCAGUGAGACGGAACAAUACACACAUGUCAAAGAGUCAGAAACAGCAACUGUUUGAACAAAGGAGACGGCCUGUGGAUGACCUUGUGUUUUCUUUCAAUUCUUUUACAACUUUUUUCAGAAAUCUGCUUUCUCCUUUCUAUACUUAUUUUGUCACUUAUCUUGUUACUGGAUCUCCUUAGCCCCUCUCUCACAGGGUGGAGCAAUGCAUCGUCAGUGAGCGUUCAGUGUAACCACUUCCUUUUUGUGUCCUACUAGUCAAAGAUUUGCUCAAAGUUAGUGGGUUUCCAUCUUCUGCUGUGGCAUAGAAAUACAUUUUGAGGAUAAAAAAGGUUGAUUUAAUUUUCUGGUUACUACAUUAGCAGGAGAAGGUCAUCUUCUUAAAUCCCAUAUUAUAGAGGGAUAUUAUUUUACCACUUUCUUAACUUUGUUGUUCCAUCUAGCUGCUUUAUGAUGCUUUUACUGACAGCAUUACGACAAAGAAGUUCCUCCCUCUAACUCGAUCUGUGUUCUUCAGUCUUUGUUAACUUUGUCCGCCAGUUCUUAUUGUUUCUGUCUUUCUUUCUUUCUGUUAGAAAUCUAGUUCACCCACUGUUUCCCAGUUUGUUUUAUUUUGGAUUCUUUCUAACUUAAGGGAAAAUGGAAAAGUGUUUGUUGCCUCUUUGUGCUACUGAUUAUGAAAAGGUAUUUCCAGUAUUUGUUGCCACAGAAGUAUGAUAGUUUAUCAUCAACACUUGUUUUUGUUUUAUUUUUUGUAUUUUUUUUGCGCCACUUCUUGAGCUACUGUCUAUAAAGCGAGAAUUUAUUACUAUUUAUGUAACGCUACUACCAUUUUAUAUUGAUUUGUGUUGGAAUCUCAGUGCUUUUCUAUCAAUAAAGUGUGAAACACGUUA